AUGUUUUUCUUCAUUUUAUUCGCGACUAGCGCUGCCGUGAUCUAUUUCCCUAUCGAAAAAGAAGAAGAAAUCACCUUUGGUAAGCUUUAUAAAGAUUUCGACACUUCUGGAUUUUUAUCUCUUUCUGCAAAUACAACAGCGCAGUUAUCCAAUCUUCAAAACGUAUUUUCUAUUUAGAUGCAAUAUAAAGGCCAAAUCCAAAUAGGCUCACCACCUCAGAAGUUUAAAGUGAUUUUCGACACUGGGAGCUCAGUAAGCUUUAUUUAGUGACUUUGGGUUGUUUCCAAAGACUGUGAUAAAUGCCACUCAGUCACUAAUUCUUUCAACAAGAAGAAAUCAGCUACAUUUGUUGAUAGAGAAAUACCAAAAACACUGAUUUAUGGAAAAGGGGCUUGUGCAGGAAAUAUAUCGUCUGAUCUUGUAUUUAUUGGGGAUAAAGGUACGCUUAACCCUGUUAUGCAGGAUUUUAUUUUGGUCUCCAAAGAUAAAGAUUUUAGUGGGAUGCAGGCGGAUGGGAUAUUAGGAAUGGGAUUUGAUGGGCUGAGUGACAGUAUUCCGCCAUUAAUUCAAAACAUGAAAGAAAGCAGUAUUAUAGAGAACGCGACUUUUUCUGUGUUUUUGAGUGAUAAUGGAUAUGGGAAGUCAAAUACAAAUCUUCAGUCUAUGGUUAUUAUAGGAGGCUAUGAUUUAGACAAAUAUGCUAACAACACUUCCUUGAUCAGUGAAUAAGCCAUUAAAAAAUACAUAUCUUUGGGAAAUUAAGUCUCUUGUCAAGUGGGGCAAAAACAUUUUUUACAAAUAAUAAUUUGAUAUUUUAUUAAUAUGGUUACUAAUAAAUGUUCGUUUAAACAUAAUUUAAUUCUUUUCAUUUCAAGUAUAUUAAAAAUUGAAUUUUUCAAAAUCACAAAAACCUAUUAUAAGUAAAUUUUUAUUUAAUUUUUUUUUAUCCCUUAUCAAACAAAUCUUGCUAGCUAGCCAAAUAAGGGAGUAAAGAAAAAGAAAUUACUUAUUUGCCUGUCAUAACUUAUCCUGGAUAUUGGACAGUUAGGUUGUCAAGGAUCUUUAUAGAUUCAACACCCAUUGUUUUAGCAUCAAGUCUAGCUAUAGUCGAUACAGGAACAUCAUUCCUCAUAGGCCCUACCACUGAGGUAAACCAAAUCUACAGUUAUCUUCAACGGAGUUUUGGCUGCAGCUUAUCCAACUCCAAUCUAAUUUGUGACUGCGGAAAUUCCCAUUCAUUAUCUGAUUACCCAGAUCUUGGAUUUGUAUUCUCUGAUAAUGUAAAGUUUACCUUGAGCCCACAUCAUUAUUUUAUGAAAAGUGGCAGAAAUUGCUUGCUUUUAAUGGCUACAAUGGGAGAUUCUUAUAUGUGGGUGCUUGGUGAUGUAUUUUUGAGGAAAUAUUAUACGAUUUAUGAUAUGGAUAAUAGAAGGGUCGGAUUUGCUGAGUCUGUAAAUGAAGAUGUGUCAGGAGAAGAAAGCUCGAGAAUAGUGAGACUUCUACUCGUAGCUGGAGGGAUGAUAUUGUGUGGAGUACUUUUAAUUGGACUGAGAAUUCUCUACAAGAAGUACACCAGAAGGAAUAGACUGCCAUUAGAUAAUUCAAUUGAUCUCCCACUUAGAUCAAACAAUUAA